UUCGAUUAGCUGAUUCGUUAGACGUCGAUAUUACCUUUGCAAAAUCUCUAUGAAGCCCUGCUUGACGAAUCGGAAAAAAAGCAGCACCACUCUCCUCUCUCUCGUAUCGUUGUCGCAGUUGUUUUUGUGUAGCAGGAAGGGUGCGGAAGAGCUGAUCAGAGCAGAUAUGUGAAGGAGGCCUGCCAUUUUUGAAGGACAUUUACGGGCCGGCUUUCUUUAUUCUCUCAUGGGGGUUUCUUGAUUAAGUGGCAGAAAGUAGUUUUAGGGUUUUAGGAGGUGGAAGAAGAAUUGGGUUGCAGAGAAAUUGGUGGGAUAUAACGAAAUGUCAAACCCUCGUGUCACGAUCACUCUGGGGCGCAGUGGCCAGGUUGUGAAGAGAGCAGCGCCUUUAUCAGAUGGGAUGCAUCUUGAUCGCACUCCUUCAGUGGGUAGCAAACGGCCCAUGAGAGAGAGGUUGGGGAGCAAUGUAGAGAAUCCUCAAUUUUAUGGCAGCUGGACCAGUAUCAAAAGACGUCGGCAAGCAAACGAUCGGCGGAGUGAUGAUGGGCCAUAUAUUUCCCAUGAUCGGAUUGCUCAAGAUGACUUGCGGUUUAAAUUGUUGCGCAAAAAUUCAUCUCGAAGGAAGUAUUAUAGUGACUCUGAAAAUCAGAAUGGAGAUCUCCGUGAAAAACUCUCACGGUUUGCUCCAUCUUCAUCAGUUAUAGAUACACCCCACCGCAUGCCUGGAACGAGGAAUACACGAACUGCAAGGCGAAUUCCUCCUACAAGAAGUGCUGAUGACUUGCUCCAGUUGGACUCUUUGAGAAGAUCUUACUCAUCAUGGACUCUUGAUGGGUUAAAGCGCAGAUCACCUGAGAGGCCAUUAGGUGGAGCUUCCAGAGCCCUCUCCUCUCCAAGAAAUAUGCAUGCAUUGCAUUCUGUUCAAUCAUCUAGAUCUAUCGAUACUUCAAGACCCAGCUCUUUCCUGACAAAAGAUUCUGUGCCUCUUGAAUCUGCUAAAUCAGUUGCUCGCCUUGCUCCUACUGCUAAUGGAAUUACGCAGAAGCCAGCUUAUCCGGCUGAGGAAUACACUGUUGCAAGCUUGUUGCAUGCGCUAGGUCUGGGCAAAUAUGCCAUCCUUUUUCAGGCAGAAGAGGUGGACAUGACUGCUUUGAAGCAGAUGGGAGACACUGACCUCAAAGAGUUGGGGAUACCAAUGGGCCCUAGGAAGAAGAUCCUUCUUGCGCUCUUGCCGCGUUCCAAGCCUCGAUAGAUAUUUACUCUUGUUUAUACUGGGAAAGAAAGUUUUUGUUUAUGAUUUUACUUUCUGUAUCUUAAUAUUUGAUUUGGGUUUAAAGAAUAUUUCACUUCACGUGUUCUUAGAAACAGAAAAGAAUGCACAUAUGUUCUCGCAGCCAUGAUCUUACUUCA